CACGGAUCAAUCGAUAGAUUCCAGAUUUGCAAAGCUAAUGGUAAGUUGAUAGAGUCACCCGUUCCAAUAGAGUUCUCCGCUGAGCAAGUCAGCAGUUUUCCAACUGAGAUACUCCCGUCGUCACCUAUUCAUACCUUGUGUUGUACCCAGGUCGAUAUAGCAUAGUGCCGCAACGAUGGAAGACGCGAAUAUAGAGCAGAGUUUUGAAUUCGUUACUCGAGAUUUGGUACCAGCCCCUGCCCUCAAACCCGAAGACCCGCCCCAGAAACUCAUCGCCGACCUCUGCGCAUGGCUCCAGCCCACCGACUUUCUCUCGCCAGGGAAUGGUUUCAUGAAGCACCUACGAUCGCACGCUCCCGGUACCAGCAGGUGGUUCCAAAAUUCAUCUAUCCUCCGUUCUGGCAAGUCUGUCCUUGCCGCCAACACCAUCCACUGGCUCCAGCAGUCAGGCAGAGUUGUCCUCUUUUUCUUCUUCCGUCAGAUUGUCGACAAGAACCAUAGAGCAAAGUACCUCGUGCGUGACUUUGCGGCGCAGUUGCUCCCUCAUUGCCCUGCCCUCGCGACAUCGUUGAUGGCGCUGUCGCAGAAUCAUGCCAUCAGUGACUGUGAGAUGGACUUGGUAUGGCCCGCCAUUACCAAGGCUCUUACUGAGGAAGGUGUGGGAGAACAGGUCUUCUGUGUGGUCGAUGCCUUGGACGAGAUGGACGACUGCGACUUCGGCGAUAUGGCUCGACGGCUCGUCGCCUUUGGCACAUCCAAGCCUGAGAAGAUACGGGUUAUGAUGACAAGUAGGCCGCUACCCGAAAUAUUGCAGGCGCUUGCAGACCCGCAUAUAAGGCAGUUCAAGCUUGACCCUGCCCUUCUUUCCUCGGAUGUCGCUCGUUAUGUCGACGACCGCAUGGCUACCUUUGAGCCGGCCCUUGGCGAUGAGAAAAAAGAGCUGGUGGCGAAGACCAUUUGCGACCGGGCAGGUGGCUUGUUCCUCCAUGCGCGACUCGUGUUAGAUAGCCUCGUCGAGGGGCUACAGGACGGUCGCAUCACGGAAGAGACCCUACCUGACAGCCUAGACCGCCUCCCUCGGGCCCUGCAUGGAGUCUAUGAGAGCGCACUGGCUGAGCAUGCCCGACGCAGUGGCAUAGAACAGGAGCAGCAGGCUAAGAUUCUCAUGUGCGUGACGCAUACAAGCCGGCCGUUGCGGCUAAUCGAACUUGGCUCGCUACUCUCUCGUAUGCUUAAGCUUGAUCUCCGGCAGGGCAAGGAUUUAGCCCGAGCUGCCUGCGGAAGAUUGCUCGAGGUCCUCGAGGAUGAAUCCGUAACGGUGAUUCACCAUUCCUUUACCGAGUUUCUACAAGAUGUCAGUCGCGAUGCUGAUCUCGCUGGAUUUCCGGUGUUGGAUAGCGCGACCUCACACAGCAUGCUAGCGGUGCUGUCCUUGGAAUAUCUCUAUAGCUGCCCAAAAUUCGACAUGACGAUUGACGACAAAACGGGCGCAAACCAGGACUUCGGCUCUUAUUUUGAAAAUUACUCGUACCAUUCUUCAGAGAGAGCUAGGCGGGAUGAAAUCUGCACUGACACACGAAUAUGUCACCCCCUGGCCGAGUACGCCGCGAGCAACCUCAGCUUUCAUCUUGACAGAGCAGCCGAAGGCGGUCCUACUCACCAUCUCUUGACCGCGCUUGACCGCUAUUUUACACCUGAGAAACCUGCCCUGGAGAAUUGGGCGCUAUUCAUGGGCUGGCGGGGUCGAUUAUCGGCUUCUGUCAACGUCUUCCACUUGGCUGCCGCGAUCCGAGACCACCAAUCACUACCGCUGUUUGUCUUGGAUCAUUUUGCGAAGACAUGGCCAGAAUCCCUGUCAGCUCGUGAUUCGGAUGGCCGCACACCGCUAUCUUACGCAGCGCAAAGUGGCCAAGCCGAAAUCGUCAGCUUCCUGCUUGCUAAGGGCUCGGAUCCAGGCGCUUCAGGCAAGGAUGGCCUGACACCCCUUCACUGGGCCGUGUAUAACGAGCAUCUAUCCGUUGUUAAGCUCCUGCUUGAUGCUGGCGCCGACCCCCUUACUAAACGAGGCCCAGUUCUUAAAGGGUAUGAUGAGCGCGAGGAAGAGAAGGUCGAGACUUGGAGAGAGACCGCGCUGGGCUACGCAUUCGCAGGUGAAGAUCCUCAUAUGAUAGAAGCAUUCAUGCCAUUCAUUCCACCUGAUAUGAUCCACCGGUUCUUUCAAGAAGCAAGCGAUGAGAAGAUCAUUGAAACUUUCCUUGAUACGAAUAAAGUGGAUGUUGAUUCUCUCUGGGAGGGAAAAACGAAACUCUAUCAAGCAACAGCGAACUGCUGGCCAGGCGUGGUCGAGCUACUUAUCAGGCGAGGCGCAGACCCGAACAAGAGAUGCUGGCCUCGCCGUGGCAGCAAGGUGCAAGACAGGCUUGGCUAUUAUGAGGGAGGGCCAACACCUCUGCACGGCCUCGCUGUUCAGCGAUCAACAUAUCGCCUGUCCAAGGGGGAUCAAAAAGAUGCGGAGCAGAUUGUUCGGGCGCUCGUUGGGGCUGGCGCUGAUGUCAAUGCCACUGUGGAUGGCUGGGAUGAUGCCACGAGCAUGACACCUUUACAUCUUUCUCUCCGAAGCGCCGACUUACGUUGGAACUGGGACGGUUCCAACAAAUCCGCAGAAAUUCUCACCGGACUGUUUCUCACGAUGAGUGCGGACCCCAAGGCGAAGACCAAGGAUGGAAAUACGCCUAUGCACAUUGCUGAUCCUCGUAAGGCCCAGCUAAUCGAUAUGCUUGUUAGCCGUGGGGCUGAUAUCAACUCCCGUAACGCUCUCGGGAGGACACCUUUCCUCGAGAUUCUUUACCGCCUCGGCACCCAGUCCAUUCAUCAGUCCUUUCAGCAGUUGUGCAUCGAGAGCUUGAACAAGCUGCUGGACCUCGACGCUGACCCAAAUGCUGUGGACAACAACGGAGACACUGCUUUCCACCACAUUCUCGGCUGCUUGGGGAAUCUCAGCAGCCCUGAAUCAGAAUGUAUACUUUUGCUAAAGAGGCUAUUGCAAGCCGGCGUGGGUCUCAGCAAAAAAAACAAGAAAGGACAGCCUCCUCUCCUACGAUACAAUGGUGGGCAUAAAUACUUUAGAGCGGCAGGCAGCGAUGACGAGAAAACGCUCCGAGCCCUGAUAAGCUUUGGGAUGGACGUUAACGUGAAGGAUGAUCUGGGCCGAAAUGUCCUCUGGGCCAUCACGGAGCCAAGAUCUGAAGAUCUCAACGUCCUCGAAAAGUUCAUACGGCUCGGUGCCAAUGUUAAAGAGCGUGCAAGCGAUGGUCAAACGUUGCUGCACGCCGCAGUAAAGCACGAGAGGUCAGCUGAUUGGGUUCGUCUCCUGGUCUCGGAAGGCGUAGAUCCAGCCAUCACGAGUGCCGACGGAGACACUCCUAUUCAUACCUUACUUGUGGAGCUUCAAAGAAGAUCUCUAUCCAGCUGGUAUGCGCAAAAGAUACUUCCAGUGCUAGUCGACAUUGGGGUCUCGCCGCUAGUUAGCAAUGCGAAGGGGCAGACAGUUCUUCACCUGGCGGGGGACCUGCACACUUUGGAGCGUAUUGUUACUGCGUCCUACUUUCAAGGCCUAGACAUCAACCAACCUGAUCUUGAUGGCUUCACACCACUUCAUUUUGCUGUCCAACUUGGGGAAGUUGCGGCAAGUGUGCACGUCAAGUUUGGUGCUAAUCCGAUGGCGCUUUCUGCAACUGGUCUUUCGCCGCUUCACCUCGCCGCUCGCCACGGUGAGGCUGGCGUUGUCGUCAUGCUUUUAGCUAAAUACCGGGAACGUGGUGUGCUCGGGAAGUACGUCAAUAUGAUCGGUGAAGGUAGAACGCCACUCCACUAUGCCUGCCGAUCAGGAAGUCCAGAGAGCGUCUGGGCCUUGUUAUGUAACGGAGCGGACCCUCGACGUGAGGAUGAAAUGGGGCUGACACCACUGCAUGCCAUGGCGGAAAGUCAUGGCUUGUCAUGUCUGGCAAAACUGCCAGAGGCUCCCACUCACGCUGCCGAGAUGAUUGAGAUGCUUCAACAAGCAGGUGUUGAUCUCACAGCCGAGACUACAAUUAGGGCAGGAGAUGGCGACGAGAUAAGAAAAGUUUCACCUUUGGACUUGGCGGUAGAACGAAGGUCAUGGGGAAUGGUCAGAGAACUGCUUUCACGAGGAGCGAAGAUUCGUGACAGGAACAGUCAGUCUGAAGAGUUCAUCCUGGCCACGGACAAGAACAAAGCCGUAGAGGAAGCGCGGGUAUCACAAGCAAGACUGCCGGGUGACGAGGGCAUCUCAGGUCAUGAUGGGCACUGGCGAGGCCGUUGGGCAUUCGGGGCGGCGCCGGUUGAGGAACGAACUCGCUUUAUUCUUGGUGGCCAAGCGAUCCUGGAUGCGCAGACUGAGUUCAAGGAUGGCAAGCCUCUCCACCUAGAUAUGCUAUCCGCUGCGCUGAGGGAUGGCGAUUAUGACAGCGUAAAGGAGUAUGCUCAGCUUGGGGGUAAUGUUCUUGCACUGAGAUAUGGCCCCGAGGGAAACGACACACUGCUUCAUUGCCUCGUCAAAUGGGGAUGCGUGGAAUUACUUGGGCACUUUUGCGAUAGUCCUGUGAAGCUGGGAGCUCAGGCGAGGAUCCAAGAAGGAGGAGGUGGAUUCUGUGGCACGUUGCUUGGCACAGCCUGUGAGCGAUCUCACCCGUCUCUACACAUUAUCCAGUUGCUCAUAGAGAGGAUUGGCAUUGACGUCGAUGUCGUAGAUAGCCGGAGCGGGGGAACAGCAGUUCAUAUCCUCGCUCAAGGUGGACACUGGUGGCAAGUUGAGGCGUUGAAGUACAUUCUCGCCCAAGGAGGCGACAUCGAGGCGCGAAACAAAACUGGCAUGACGCCGCUGCUUGCGGCCAUCUAUCGAACUCGAUCAGGCUCUCUUGGGAGGUGGAAUGAGGAAGCGGUUCGCGUGCUGCUGGAACACGGAGCCAACCCCAAUGAGACUGUCAUGGUCAGGAAGGUGGACGGUACGACGGAGCCUGGCCUCUCCGCACUGGAGAUGUGGGGAGAGCCCGGUAUCGUCAAGCUCUUGCUGGACUACGGUGCAAGUAUGAAGGAAUUCACAGGGCUGGUGGCUCGGGCAAUAAAGGAAACCAUGGAGCCUAGGACGGUGAAGCUGCUGUUGGACGCUGGUGGGGAUCCAAACGAGCUGUCGCAGGUGGCCAGCCAUCAACAAAUUGCCGAGUACCACAACAGGGGCGUUGAGGAAUCAGAGCACCAGGGUGCAAGCGAUGAAGAGGAAGAGGAAAGCGAAGAAGAAUAUGUCAGAAGAAAGAUUCAUCGCGAGUUGGGGGCGCACAAGCGGUUUGCAAACCCGCGUUAUGCUCUCCAUGAAGCGGCCCGACCAACCGAUAGUUUCUCUUCACCGGCUGACUAUGAGCAGCGGCAACUAGCUAUCAUGGAAUUGCUCCUGUGUAAGGGUGCUAAUCCUUGGGCCACUUACACAGAUGGCAGUUCUGCCCUGCAACGUAUCAUAGAGGACCGCGGCCUCGUUGCUGGGUUUAUUCCUCGCUGUACUGAGGAGCACAUAAACCGCAAGGGUGGCUGCGACCGCACACUCCUGGCUUCAGCCUGCAUUCCCCUCUGCCGAGCCGGCUAUCAUUACUUGGUAAUCCACGUCCUCUUAGAGCACAGAGCAAAUCCUUUGCUUGCGGACGAUGGGGGUCGCACACCAUUACAUUGGUUUUGUACACUUGAUACCGAGUUUGAUGAGCCUCAUCGGAAAGCGUUCGUUGCUCUGGUAGACCACGGACCGGACGCCGUUCAUAUGGCGGAUCUCAAGGGCCGCAAACCUAUCCAUCUCGCCUUGGAGAAGUAUGAGGACAGUUCUCAGAUGUCUACCUUUGCUAUCCGCCACCUCAUGGCAGCAGGUGCUGAGAUGAGCGAGUCCGAUCCAGUAACAAGCAACUCGGCACUCCAUACAAUCGCACCCCGUUUGGUAGGUGAGAAGACAGCGGGCGCUGAUGCGGCUACUCUCUUUCGAGACGUAGCAAUCACCAUUGACAUCAACACGCGGAACGCCUCGGGCGAGACACCCGUGUUCAGUUUCAUGGCAGCUGGGUGGAAGGGAACACGCGACGCUGAUUACGCACUCGCCCACGAUAUAUUUCACGACACCUCCUUGGCUAUGUUCAUAGAGCUUGGCGUAGACCUGAUGGCCGUGGACGCGAGGGGACGCACGUUGUUGCACGCCGUGGCUGAUAGGAAUGUUAGAGACACAGGCGUCAAUUGGGACCAGAUGGAAGAUGUCGAGAGGUCUUUCCAAGUGCUGAUGGAGCUCGGCGUUGAUCCCCACAGGGAGGACCAAGACCUCAGGACCGCCGCUGAUGUAGCGGUCGCGAGACGAUUAAGAAGGGUUGUUGAUCUGUUCGGCGGAAAGGACAAAAUCGAAGAAGACGAUAAGGAAUAG